AUGCCCAAAAACCACGCAGCAUGGCAAGACCAAGUCGGCGUCCCCCUCUCCAUCCGACCAACUCCCUAUCAAACCGACUUAACCCCAACCCAAAUCCUCGUCAAACCACACGCCUGGGCUAUAAACCCAGCCGACCAUAUCUUACAAGACAAUUCCCUCCCCUUUGUCAAGUACCCCGUAAUCCUGGGCGAAGAUAUCGCCGGCACGAUCGAAGCCAUUGGCAGCGAAGUCAGCACCCGCUUCCAGAUUCACGAUCGUGUGCUGGCCUUUGCACAGGGCGCAACGAGGGGGGUAGCUAUGGGCGGGUUCCAGGAGUACGUCAUCGUGGAUGUGGCUAUGACCUGUGCUAUACCGGAGGGAAUGAGUUUCGCCGAGGCGAGCGUUUUCCCGCUGGGCUUUACUACAGCGGCUCAUGCGCUGUUCAACAGCAAGACUUUGGCGCUGCCGGGGCCGAGGGUUGAUUUUAUUCGUGGAAGUGCAGGUAAAAGUGUGGUUAUUUGGGGCGGUGCGUCUUCUGUUGGUGGGAAUGCGAUUCAAUUAGCUCGUGCGGCCGGGUUGGAGGUUCUUACGACGGUGUCGAAGACGAAUUUUGAGUAUGUGAAGAAGGUUGGUGCGAGUAUGGUCUUUGAUUAUACUAGUGAGUCUGUGGUGGAAGAUGUUAUCUCCGCGUUGGACAAUGGCGACGCUCCUUGUGUGGGUAUCUUUCAGGCUGCUGGGUCGAACGACUCUGUCGGGCCUGUUUUGGAGAUAGCUCGGCGUGCGAAGGGGGACAUCUUUGUUAUCACGACGACUCCGUUGCAGGGGGUUGUUGUGCCUGAGGGAGUGAGGGCGAAGAUGUUGUUUGGAGCUAGCCAUGAUGAUAUUCUGCAUAUAUGGCAGCAGUUCUUGCCACAGGCGUUGGAGGAGGGUAUGUAUAUUGUGGCUCCUGAGCCGCUUGUUGUCGAGACCAGAGGGUUGGAGGGAUUCAAUUUGGAUAUGAUAUUCUGA